AUGGUUCCAGGAGCAUUAUAUCACUCUCUCUUUUUAUAUCUCUCCACCGAGGUCAUGUUUGGGAAUGAAAGAGAAAAUCAUGGUGCAGCCAGUUUUUUUAUAAAAGUAUCCAACAAUUUAAUAAAGAUUUACACUCACAAAAAAGGUGUCUUCACCGACACCAGUAUAACAGCAUAAAACAGCAAAUGGUAUAACAGUCCCCUGUUCCCCGCACACUCACUACAGCGCUCGUGACUCAAUCUUCUCCACAGACGUCAGCAUCCAGCAAGCCAAGCCCUAUUAGUUUCGUCAUGAACGACGUCGUUCAUGACGAAACUAAAAUUUUGACAAUUUUUUUAUUAUUCACAAAUUUAAUUAUUUAAAUUACUAAUGCGCUAAAAAGGAAUAGUUUUGCACAUAAUUUUGAUAUUUUUUGAUAUAAAUUGA